AUGUCCGGAAGCAACGAUGUCUACCAGACUCCCCUCAACUCGCGCUAUGCGAGCAAUGAGAUGAAGUACCUCUUCUCGCCCCGGAAGCGCUUCUCCACAUGGAGACAGCUUUGGACCUGGCUCGCGGAGGCUCAAAAAGAGCUUGGACUUCCUAUCAGCGCCGAAGCCAUCGAGCAGAUGAAGGCCCACCAGGUUAUCCAGGAUGACGAGUUCGCCGUUGCCGCCGAGGAGGAGAAGCGCCGGAGACACGAUGUCAUGGCCCACCUGGCUGUUGUCGUCGACAAGCUGUCCCAGUUCGCUCAGAAGUACAAGGACCUUCCUUGUCUGGGCUUCACUCACGGUCAGCCCGCCCAGCUGGUGACCGUUGGCAAGCGUGCUUGUCUCUGGAUCCAGGAUCUGCUGAUGGAUCUGCGCAACCUCGAGCGUGCCCGUGAUGACCUGCGCUUCCGUGGUGUCAAGGGUACCACCGGUACUCAAGCGUCUUUCCUGCAGAUCUUCAACGGUGACCACGCCAAGGUCGAGAGCCUGGAUGAGCUUGUUACCGAGAAGGCCGGCUUCAGCUCCGCUUUCAUCAUCUCCAGCCAGACAUACUCGCGUAAGAUCGAUGUUGAUGUCGGCAACGCUCUUGGUUCUUUCGGUGCUACCUGCGAGCGCAUUGGCAUUGACAUCCGUCACCUUGCCAUGCUCAAGGAGGUUGAGGAGCCUUUCGAGAAGGACCAGAUUGGCAGCAGUGCCAUGGCCUACAAGCGCAACCCCAUGCGCUCUGAGCGUCUGUGCUCGCUCGGACGUCACCUGCAGAACCUCCCCAAGGACGGCUUGGACACCUACUCCGCUCAGUGGUUCGAGCGAUCUCUCGACGACAGUGCCAUUCGCCGUAUCAGCAUCCCGGAGCUUUACCUGACUGCUGACGCCUGUCUCAUCCUCCUGAACAACGUCUCCUCUGGCUUCGUCGUGUACCCCGAGGUCAUCAAGCGCCACGUCAACGACGAGCUUCCCUUCAUGGCCACCGAGAACAUCAUCAUGGCCUGUGUCGCCAAGGGUCUCUCCCGCCAGGACGCCCACGAGGAGAUCCGUGUCCUCUCCCACCAAGCCGCCGACAACGUCAAGAAGCAGGGCAAGGACAACGACCUGAUCGAGCGCAUCCGCCGCACCGCCUUCUUCAACCCCAUCAUCCCGCAGCUGGACACCCUUCUGGAUGCCAGCACUUUCGUCGGCCGUGCUCCUCAGCAGGUCGAGAAGUUCACCAGCACGGAGGUGGCCGCCGCCAUCAAGCCCUACGCGAGCACCAUUGCCAAGGGCGAGACGUCUGCCCUGUACGUUUAA